AUGGCCGGCACCGUCGCGGCAUCUGUGCAAAAUCUCGAAGAAGCAGCAAACCUUGCAUCCGACUUGAUCACCAGUCUGGAUAACUUGCCCAGCGAAGUCCAACACCUACUCAACGAGAUACGACUCAAAGAUCGACGAUGUCAAGAACUUCAGCAAGAUAUCGCAAAAGAUCAAGCGAAAUACAUUAAAUAUUCUCUUCGUCAAGAUCCAGCCGUCCCAUCACCUGCGCAAAUCGGCAGUAAAUUAAAUAGCGCUGGUGGAGACGCCCCUGGAGAAGCGCCUCAAGUUUCAACCCAAAAUAAACUGGUUCCGAAGGCGCACCUCCCCGCUCGCAUUGCAGCUUCCUAUGUGGAGAUCGACGCUCUUUCAAAUGAAAAGGUUGUUUUAGCGCAGAGGUUGAUUGACUUGAUAACACGCACGCGGGCUAGAGUCGAUGCGAAUCUGGUAAACGUGCAGGUUUUACAAGGCGAAUCUGUGUCAACGCCGUACAGCGCUAGGCGGCCCGAAGGAAUGUCGGGAGGUUUGAAUCUAGUGGCACAGUCCGGGGAGGGCGUACGGGCUCUUACGGCAAGGACUGGACUCGGAUCUGCGGACUCCAGUGUCCCUUCGACUCCUCCAGCUAUGGUGUCUGGGCCUUCAUAUAACAAAAAACGCCGCAUAACAACAACUACGUCCAUUAAGCUGCAGAGCCCUACACCUUCGACACCCCAAGCUGCUCCAGUUGUUUCGUACCCGAAAUCCCGCCUUUCACGGCAGGUACAGCUCACGCGAUCACAGCAACAGCAAGAAGAAGACUUGGAUGCAGAUGCAGAAGGAGAGGAAGAUUUGGAAGGAGAAGACGCCGAAGAUGAUUUGACGCCCUAUUGUUUUUGCCACAAGCCGAGUUUCGGAGAUAUGAUAGGCUGCGACAAUCUCGAGUGCCCUUAUCAGUGGCUGUUCGUCGGAUACGAUCCCCAUAUCUGCCUUUUUUUUCCCCCCGUCAGUAUCGACAAGUGGUACUGUCCUGAAUGCGUCAGGAAUAGGAGCGCUGUCCCCGAGCGCCGGAAAGGCCGCAAGAAGUAG